CCUCUAACCCCAGCCAUCUGGCAGAACAAGGAAAUCCCUCCCCCUCCCACAGACUCUCUUCUGUGGAAACUAAACUGAUCUGAGUCUCUGUGUCGUCUGUCUGUGUGAGAGUGAACAACCAUCCAAAUGGCUCAGCAGGGAGUUCUGCUGGACCAGGACCAGUUCUGUUGUUCUGUCUGUCUGGAUCUACUGAAGGAACCGGUCACCAUCCCCUGUGGACACAGUUACUGUAGGAGCUGUAUUGAGGACUGCUGGGAUAAGGAUGUUCUGAAAGGGGUCUAUAGCUGUCCUCAGUGCAGAGAGACCUUCACUCCAAGGCCUAAUCUGAGGAAAAAUAACAUGUUGGCUGAGAUGGUGGAGAAACUGAGGAAGACAGGACUCCAGGCUGCUCCCCCUCCUGCUCUGUGCUGUGCUGGACCUGGAGAUGUGGCGUGUGAUGUCUGCACUGGGACCAGAAAGCGGAAAGCCCUCAUGUCCUGUCUGCCAUGUCUGGCCUCUUACUGUGAGACUCACCUCCUAUCUCACUAUGAAUCUCCUGCUUUGAAGAAGCACAAGCUGGUCAAAGCCACCGCACAACUACAGGAGAAGAUCUGCUCUCAUCAUGACAAACUGCUGGAGGUUUACUGUCGUACCGAUCAGCAGUGUAUCUGUUAUCAGUGUGUGAUGGAUGAACAUAAAGGCCAUGAUACAGUGUCAGCUGCAGCAGAGAGGACUGAGAAACAGAGGCAGCUGGAGAUGAGUCAGCAGAAGGUCCAGCAGAGAUUCCAGGAGAGAGAGAAGGAGCUGAAGGAGCUCCAACAGGCUGUGAAGUCUCUCAAGCGCUCUGCACUGGCAGCAGUGAAGGACAGUGAUAAGAUCUUUACUGAGCUGAUCCGCUCCAUUGAGAGAAGGCGCUCUGAGGUGAAGGAGCUGAUUUUAGCCCAAGAGAAGGCUCAAGUGAGUCAAGCUGAAGGACUCCUGGAGCAACUGAAGCAGGAGAUAGCUGAGCUGAGGAAGAGAAGCACUGAGCUGGAGCAGCUCUCACACACAGAGGAUCACAUCCAUUUCCUCCAGGUCCAUAGGGUUUUACUGCCCCCUGCUGGAGACUGGAGCACACUGCAGUCCCUGGCUUUCUUUGUGCAGCUGGAAGAGGAGGCCUUCAUCACCUGUUCAUGCACCAGUUGUGACGGGUCCAACAAAUAUCCCCCGGUGAAGGCAGGGUCCUAUCUCAUCCAACACUUCAAUGACUCUUAUAGGAGGAAGAGAGCCUUAUCUAUCUAACAUGAAUUAUGUUCAGUGAUAAAGAAUGUCAGUAAUGAGAGAAUAAAUAAGUACAACCUUUUGAUGUUACCAUACUCUCUCUACGUUAACAAAGGGCUUUCCAAGAGUCCACUCUGUAGAGUGGAGAGAAAAGGGGGAAAGGUAUUUAUGGGGGGGUCAUAAACCGCCCCCAACAGGGCAACUUCAUGACAGUAUACAGCUAGAAAGCUACAUAGACAUGCUUCACAGGGUUGGUUCCUGUCUGGCACCGUCUCCUAUCUUAUAG